AUGUUUUAUUCUAAGUCUUUUGCUGAGUCUUAUGAACUCUUUUCAAACAAACAUGAUGUCUUCUUCUUCCGAUACCAGAGUGUCAGACACCCUGGAUCCCAGGACGACAAGAUCCUACCUGAGAGCGAAGUUCAUACAUCAGAUACUACGAGCACUGAGGAGGAUGACUUCCAGCCUUUUGCCCUACCCGACUUUGGGGAUGAUGUACCUUUAGCUGAUGGUCCUUUCGACGGGGAUCUACCUCUCAUUCCGAUCCCUGCUCCUAUCCCCCUAGCUACAUUUCCCUUGGAGGAUUUACCUCUCGACGCGUUAUCAGAUGACGAUAUCGACUUAUUCAUCGAGGAUCCCCCGGAUCGUGACCAGGAUGGUGUGGCCCUCAUGGAUGACGUUGUACCACCUGCUGAUGUUCCCGUUGCUGAUCCUGUUGUCCCUGUUAUCGAGCAUCCUGACAUAGAGGCUCCUCUUGAUUCGCCUGGUCCAGACUCGUUUGAGUCUGUGGCAUCCGCUACUCUCCAUCAUCGGGGCAUGCAGCACUACUCCCCCGACGAUGAUUCGGAAAUGGCGAUGUCACCUGCCCCUUUCGUUCCCCAUGACGUCGACCCAGAUCCUAAGGUCGAGUUUGUACCUACUGAGCCAGCUCCAGCUGAUCCAGCACUCGAGUUAGCUCCAGAGCCUGUUAUUACUCAUGACCCUAUUGAUGCUCCAGCCGUUGCACUUUUGCAUGAUCCUUUACCAGAGCCUGAUCACGUUGAUGCACCAGCCGUUGUACCACCGGUUCCUGAUGUUCCUAUUGUGGAUGCACCUUUACCUGAUCCUGUGCCGGUAUUUGUUGACCGUGCACCUUUCACCACACAUGUCGAUCCCAGAUAUGCUGACACCCGUAACGGGUGGAUUGAGGACGACGAUUACCCUUCUUUUGUUGUACCAGUCACACCCCCUGCUGCACCUGUUUCUGCACCUCUUGAUAUUCCCUAG